UGCUUCGAAUCUGCCUAACUGGCUAAUAGUCAGUCACUUGCAAUAGCUCGCGAAGGAAGCGUGUUUACUCCGCUCACAAGUAUCUGUUACAUGAUCACAGCGCAGCGGUAUUCUGUCGUUAUCAUCGACCACGCUUGAAUUCGGCGAAUUAUUGACGUUACUCAUAUUUAGUCAACAACUACAUAUUACUAUUAUUGACAUUUUUGACAUUAUGCUAAAAUCGUUCAGUGAAUAUUGGUGACAGCAAAAUAAUAUUGUGCCCUGUUUAGUAAAGAAAGUUAGACGAUCAGUUGAUGAUGUCAGCGUUGACCAUGACCACGACUCUUACCAAUGGACACCAUAAUGGCAAAUUGGAGACCGGCCUUAAUGGUUAUAGGAAAAAUGGUUAUGUGAAACCCGAAAUUUCAAACAGUAGUUCACUUUGUAUGGCAGCACCCUUCAGUACGGAUCCCGAGGCAGUAGCAGAGAGAGAGAGAUGUUCGUACGGUCGCAUCCCCAGAGCAGUUGCAGUUGCAGGCACGGCGAAUCGCAGAGUACGAGUCUAUUCAGACGGCAUUUAUGACAUGUUUCACCAGGGUCAUGCAAGACAGCUUCAGCAAGCGAAGACGGUCUUCCCUAAUGUAUACCUCAUAGUCGGAGUAUGCAACGACAAGCUCACACACAACCGGAAGGGCCGCACAGUUAUGACAGAAGAUGAACGAUACGAGGCCGUCAGACACUGCAGAUACGUUGAUGAGGUGGUCCGGGACGCCCCUUGGGAGUACGACGAGGAGUUUCUCGAGAAGCACAAGAUCGACUUCCUGGCACACGACGACAUCCCCUACACGACGGAGGACUGUGAGGACACAUACGCGAUGAUCAAGGCGAAGGACAUGUUCGUGGCCACCGAGAGGACGGAGGGUGUAUCGACGUCUGAUAUCGUGGCGCGGAUAGUCCGCGACUACGACAUCUACGUGAGACGAAACCUCGCGCGAGGGUAUUCAGCCAAGGAGCUAAACGUGUCCUUCCUUAACGAGAAGAAGUUCCGCCUGCAGAACAAGAUGGACGAGCUCAAGGAUAAGGGGAAGAAGGUGAUGACGAACAUCGGCGAGAAGCGAGUCGACAUCCUGACGAAGUGGGAGGAGAAGUCCCGCGAGCUGAUCGACGCGUUCCUGCUGCUGUUCGGGCCGGACGGGCGGCUGUCCAGCAUCUGGAACGAGUCGAAGGGCAGGCUCAUGCAGGCGCUCAGCCAGCCGCCCUCGCCGCGCGCCUCGCCGCCGCCCAGCGAGCUCGGCGACGCGGCCGACGAGCACAGGGGCUCAGCGUCCCCCCCACCCCCCAAGUCGCGACGCUGCGACACGCUGUGGGAGCAACAAGCAGAUGCAUCGAGCUCUGACGAUGCUGGGGAAUCGGAAGAGGCAGCACAGCGCCAGCUGACGGACGAUGGCUCCGACAGUGACGAGGACUACCAGGACACCAGCCCCUACCUAUAGAACACUGAUAUUGUAUGCUUAUUUACAGGGCCGGAUUAUAUAUAGAUUACCAAUAUUAAUAUAGGCAACAUCCAAGGGCCCCAAAUUAAAAAAAACUUGAAAGUAAUAUUGAUUUAUUUUAUACCUAUAUCAAUAUAGGCAACAGCUCCCGUGCCCCACACUGGAUAUGCCCUGCAAUCAAAUUAAAAAAGAAUGAAAAUAAUAUCUAUUUACUUUACCUAUUUUGACAGAGAUAACUCAAAAUACAUUAAUAAAAAAUGUGAAAAUUUGUUAUAAAAAAUUUAAAAUCCUACCUAAGAGGGUAUACUUUCAAUUGAUGUUGCCACUAAAUUUUACAUGGUUCAAUCCGGCCCUUAUGGAAAUGUAUCAUAGUAUUUUUAUACAAUGUGCAACGUCCACACUACAUCAAAAAGUCCACAGUAAACGAGGGUUGGCAAGAUAUGUUGGAUGUAUUUAGUUAUUAUUAUUAAAAGUAUGCAACAGCUUGAAAUUGUGUCUGCUGUCUGAAAUGAGUGAAUGUAUUUAAUCCUAUUAGUUUUAUUCAUUAUUGUUAUUUAUAUUUCAUUUUGUAAAUUUAUCUCAUUUAGUAAUGUAUUGCAGACUAUCUGCAGUAUUAAAAUACUAGCACCGAAAGUACACCGGUGCAGAAAGUAAAACAGAUAUUAUUUGUAUAGUACUUUUUGACGUUGAUUAAAGAGGUGCUUAUAUUAUAAA